AUGAAUUAAAUUAAGAUUGAUGCUAAGAAUUCUUUAACAUUUGAUCCUUUUCGCAUACCAGCCAGUAUUGACCUGGCUAAAGUUCAUUAGAAAGCGUCCAUUUGUGGAGAAAAUGAGUAAAAAUCAGAUCAUUGCCCAUGCUGUGGAUAGCCUAUACAACAAAGGGAAAUUUCAUUAUGCUAAAAUAGAUUGGAUUUGGCAUUUCUGGGUCAGGGAAUGCCUUUAUUUUUUGAGAUGACUUCGUAAUUAAUAUUGAUAGUGCUUAUUUUAUUUACUCUACUUGGGAUACCAUCUUUAAUAGCAAAUUUAGGAAAUCACGAUUGCAUUUCAGAAGAAAAUUUAUUUUAUAAGCUUUCAUUAAAUGGACUUUGCAAUAAAAACUGUCCUUAAAAUUCGACUGAUUUUUCUUCUAUCACUAAAUUAUUACAUUCAAAUGAUUGUGAGACUAUAUGUGCCAAAAUUGGGGAUAUUUGUCUAGGAACAUCAGUUCUCUAAAUGUCAUUCGCAAACAAGUAGUUUGAUGAGACUUCGAAAUUAGUUUAAUCCAUAUUAGUUUUAUGCAGUAUUUUGGUGUUUAAGUUUGCAAUGAUUAGAGUAAGGAUAUCAUAGAGGAGAACAGUAAGGAUUUGUGAUUAGGAAUUUGUAUCGCCUUCAGAUUUCACAGCAAUGAUGACCAAUCUACCUAUAAAUGAAUAUAAUGAAGCAGAAUUAAAGGAUGCGUUGCUCGAUUUUUGUUAUUAGUUUGAUGAGAGCGGGUAAUACGAAAUUGUCAAGAUAAUAAUAGCAUAUGACAUUACUUCAUUUGUUGAAUUCAGUAGGGAAAAGAUGAGUCUGGAAAAGAAAAUAGAAAGAAUUGAGAAUUAUUAUAAAUAAUAUGGUCGUUAUCCACGAUCUAUGAAAAUCAACUAGCUUAAUGAAUUGAAAUAAAGGAUAGGAAUUUUAGAUGAAAAAUUAACAAAGAUUGAGAAUGAAGUUGAAAAUUAAUAAUAUGCACACUAGACUUAAGUUGCAUUUGUGACUUUCUAAACUAAAGAAUAAUUGUAAUCGGUUUUGGAUUAAACUAAACUUUCUCACUGGGAAGAGUUAUGGAUUAGAUUCAAAUAUUACUUCAUUAAUCGAUAAGAUUAGAGGGGAUUCUACUUUAAAAAUAGAAUUAUCAUAAUUUGUAGGGCUCCAGAGCCGAAUGAUGUCUUUUGGGAAAAUUGUGGGUUUAACUUUCAGUAUCAAUUACAAAAAAGAAUAUUGAAUUUCUUUAUUACGAUAUUCAUUUUAGGAGCUUCCUUCACUAUUUUACUAGGUUUGAAUAUUCUGUAAAGCCAGAACCUUUCAUCCUAUGAUGAUGCUAUACUGAUAAUAAUAACGCUGGUUAUCUCAUUAAUAAUCACAAUUAUAAAUUAGAUCAUCUACUAUUUUAUCAAGUUAUUAGGAUUAUCAGAAAAGCAUUUUACCAAGACUCAUCAUGAUGUUUCUGUGGCAACUAAAUUGGCAAUUGUUUAAUUUUUUAAUUCAGGAAUCUUCACUAAAGUUAUAAAUAUUUUGGUGUAUAAUUUUGAAAAUGUUAAGACUGACAAUUAUGCAUCAACAUAUGCAUAUUCCAGAUAAGGAGGGGUAAUUUCAGAUGCAUUCUUUUUGUUAAUUGUGAAUUCAUUCUUUGUUCCUAUUUUGGCCUAUUUGGAUCCACUCUAUCUCUAUAAGUUAUACCAGCAAUACUUCUUUAAAGUCGAUAACAAUUUUAACCAAAUAGAGGCAAAUAAAAUAUUUGAAGGACCCUCGGUAUUUUUAUACGAGCAAUAUUCAUACAUAUGUUUAUCUAUUUGGAUCUCACUACUCUUUGCACCUUUGCUGCCAAUUUCUUUACUAUUUUGCAGUUCCGGAUUGCUACUCUACUAUUGGAUCUAAAAGUACUUAUUAUUGAGAAGGAAUUCCAAGCCUCCUUUUUAAAGUUUUCAUUUGAAUCGAGAAAUGAUGAAUUUAUUUGAAUUAAGUCCUAUAAUAUUGGCUGUUGGUUAAAUGUGGGCAGACUAUAUUUUCAGUUCUAGUUCAGCCAUAUUGACUGUCAAUUUUAUUAGCUUAGGUUUCUCUUGUCUGGAAUUGAUUACUCCAGCCACUAGAAUCAGUAAGCUAUUUGAUAAGAAGAGUAAUAUAUCUACUGAGAAAGACAGAUACUCGGAUGUCUAUUUGAAAUUACCAACUGAUUAUGAUAGAACCAAUCCAUUAACAUAACAGAACGCUAUAUUAGAAUUCAUAUAAGCAAAAACCCUAGUCGAUUCAAAUUACGUUUAGCCUCAAGUGAUGGACACCAAAACAGCCCUCUAUAAAUACGCUUAGAUGGGAGGAGUUCAAUUUAUGAGGAAUACCAUUUCAUUGAAGCUCAAAAUCUCCAUGAUGAGGAAAAUCAAACUAAUAAGGAAGGCUCGUUAGAUUGCUGCUGUGAUUUAGCAGUAACAAGAUGAAGAGAUGUCUCAAGAAUAGGAGGAACCUAUUUAUACUCAAACACCUGAAUAUAUGAUAAUCAAUAAGAAUAUUAGUUUCAGGAAGAAUUCAUUAAAUAUCUCCACUGAUAAUGACAACAAUAAUAAAUUUCAAGAAGCGUAGAACUACAAUUUCUCUAAAAUUCUCAACCCAAACAAAUUUGAAAAUUUAUGA